UAAAGCAAACGAAAGUGGAGAAUCGAAGCAGAAGAGCUGGACAGCGUAUUUGGGCCUUAAUUUCUCACUCUUUUCUGCUUUCUCUCGUUUCUCUCUUCUUUUUUCCCGAUUCUGAAUCUUCAAUCUGAACUAAUUCCCUCUUUAGUCCCAAAAUUAUAAUCAAUAUCCUGACACCCACAUCCCCGCCGGCCGCCAGUCCCCAAAACCACAGCUGUUGUCUCGACACCCUCUUUUUUCUUCACGUAUACACGGGCUGACACGACCCAAACGCACGGUAAAAAAAAAAAAAGAGUGGAGGAUAUCCGAGGAUCCGGAGCUCGCCACCACCGUCACCACAACAACAAGGGAAACCCUUAGCAGGCGCCAGUGCCUUAAUGACUAAACAAAAGAAUGCUCUUCUCCAAUUGUAGCAGCUUCAGAUUUUUUUGCUCUCACUGUCCCUCUUCUAUGCUGCACUCUCUUCCCAAACACAUCAUCAAACGCCGCAUGCUUUCUCUAUCAUCAGCAAACAUGGAGGCAGAAUCAGCUAGUGUGUUGGUGCUUUGUGGGAAAUCCAAUGUAGAGAACGAAUUUGCUCUAUCAUUGAAGAGUAAUAAUGUUUUGAGAUUUCUGGAUAGCAAUCCUGUUUCAAUUUGUCUGCAUUCAGAGAUUAGGAAUCUGCAUUGCGAUUCUGAAGGAUUCCAGGUUGAUCAUUAUAUGGAUGUUCUCUCUACUUCACAAUUUGGAAGAUUCUUAAUGUACUCUCCAAGAUUAGGCUCCACACACGAUGUAGUUUCGCACAAUUUUGGUGAGCUGCCAAUUGGUGCAGUCUGUGUUGCAGAUGUGCAGACCAAAGGGAGAGGUCGGUCUAAAAACGUGUGGGAAUCUCCAAAAGGAUGCCUAUUAUUUUCCUUCACUAUACAAAUGGAGGAUGGCAGAGUGGUGCCACUAGUGCAGUAUGUGGUUAGUCUUGCUGUGACUGAGGCAGUUAAAGAUAUUUGCCAGAAAAAGGGCAUACAACAUCUUGAUGUUAAAAUAAAGUGGCCAAAUGACUUGUAUUUAGAUGGCCUUAAAGUUGGAGGCAUUUUGUGCACAUCAACUUAUAAGUCAAACAAGUUUAAUGUCAGUGCUGGAAUAGGCUUGAAUGUCAGCAACGAGAAACCAACUACUUGUUUGAAUGCAACUCUACAAAAAUUGACUCCUGUUGCUCAUGAACUACAACGAGAAGACAUAAUGGCAGCCUUCUUCAAUAAAUUUGAGGAUCUCUACACUGUUUUCAUGGGCCAAGGAUUCCAAUCUCUUGAGCCGCUGUACUAUAAAACGUGGUUGCACAGUGGGCAAAGAGUUAUAGUACAGGACAAAAAUGAUAAUCAGGACCAAGUUGUGGAAAACGUUGUCACAAUUCAGGGUUUGACACCAUCUGGAUACUUGUUAGCUAUUUCUGAAGAUGGUCAAACAUGCGAGCUUCACCCUGAUGGCAAUAGUCUUGACUUCUUCAAGGGACUUAUCAGAAGAAAACUUGCAUGAAGAAGAUAGGUUAAUGCUUUUGCUGGUGGAAAAGAAUCAUUUCCUAAUGAUAUACACAUGUAGUUAAUUAAUAAUUAUCCUGUGUCUCUUUACUCAUGAGAUAGACAUAUUGAUACUUAGCCAAUUAAUUGGUUCUUGUUUGUUAA